CACGUGUCUAAUCAGUUCGCGUCGCCGAUACUCCAGAAUUUUGAACAACUUUUGUCUGGGAUGUUGACCCGACGCGGUCUUCUAGCUUGUCACGUCCGCCCUCAGGUUUUGGCUCGGACAUGUUCAUAUUCAUCACGCCCGCCAUCACUAGGUCUGAUUCGCGAUGCUCUUCCUGGGUCACAAGUCAGAGGCCAGCCUCACCGAUUGUUCGCCCACUCUGCAGUACGCUCCGAAGAAGGCGCCAUACCGCACGACUCGAGCUCUUUUUCCAGUCUCAAGGCGAAAGGUACCAGUGAUGAAGCGGAUGGAAGACCAGAGCAUGCUGUCAUCUCUACCUUUGACUUGUUCAGUAUAGGAGUGGGACCUAGCAGCUCUCACACCGUCGGUCCUAUGCGUGCUGGAAAGAUCUUCAUCAAUGAUCUUUGGGAUCAUGGUCUUCUGGACAAAGUUAAGACCGUAAAAAUCGUUUUAUAUGGCUCGCUGGCAGCAACUGACAAAAGACAUCAUACCCCUCAAGCCAUCUUACUCGGUCUUGAAGGCUCAGAUCCAGAAACCAUCGAUACUGGAACCAUUCCCUCUCGAUACGAUGCAAUACUAGAGAACAAAACUCUUCUUCUCAAUGGAACUCAUAGAAUACAAUAUGACAUGGAUCGCGACAUGCUCUGGCGUUGGGAUCAAGUAUUAAAAACGCACCCUAAUGGUAUGAGGUUCUCGUGCUUUGGUCAGGAAGGAGAGUUGUUGGCCACAAACGAAUACUUCAGUGUUGGUGGUGGUUUUGUCGUGAACGACAAGACCAAAGUCGAUGAAAACCUGUUCUACAAAGGCGUAGACAAGAGUGCUGUCUCACCUGCGCGCCUGCAGCAAUCUCAUUCUCUGGCCGAACCCUUGUUAGACGCUCCAUCUCUGGAAGGACCUUCUGGUACCUCAACCGCACCAGAGACUGACAACACCGAAGAUGUUCAGCCAUUCCACCCUUUCACAAGUGGUGAUAGUCUCCUAGGGUUGACGCGAAAACACAAUAUGACGAUUGCACAGAUCGUCUACGACAACGAAAAGAGCUUCGGCCUUACCGACGAUGAGAUACAUGCCAAGUUGAUGCGUAUAUGGAGAGUCAUGGAUGACUGCAUUCGGACUGGAGUACACACUUCAGAAACGACCCUGCCCGGUCGACUGAGACUUCGACGGAGGGCACCGAUGCUAUAUCGACGAUUAAUGCGCGGUUUCUACCCUGGACUCUCGACUCCACACUUCGCCGCAAUAGGCGCCGGUUCAGCCAUGGACGGCAAGCCAGCUGGCUCCAUUGACGCCCCAGAGUUCGCACGACCCGGCCUCGCAGGAUUUGGCCCGUACACCAGCACGGCGCAGGAACCUCAGCCGCAAAGUAGUGUUCAUGAUCAAUCUGUCAGCGCGAGGAAGUCAGCUAGGGCCACACGAGUUGUUGGUCAGUUGGACCAUGCGGUUCUGCCUGAGCCACCUAGAAAAACAAUGAUCCCCGCGAUGGAUUUCUUGUCGUGUUAUGCUAUCGCGGUCAAUGAGGUCAACGCGAGCGGGGGAAGAAUUGUUACUUCUCCCACAAAUGGAGCUGCGGGUGUGAUUCCUGCAGUGCUGAAGUACAUUGUGGAGUUCGUCAGCGAUGAUCCGGAAAAAUCGGUCAUCACGUUCCUUCUGACCGCUUCUGCUAUCGGAAUGCUUUUCAAACGAGGCAGUACAAUUUCAGCCGCAGAAGGAGGAUGCCAGGCGGAGGUCGGAGUUGCUUGUUCUAUGGCCUCUGCUGGUUUCGCUGCUUGUAUGGGUGCUUCUCCUGAGACCGUUCUUCAGGCAGCUGAAAUCGGAAUCGAGCAUAACCUCGGUCUUACCUGCGAUCCUAUCGACGGGCUUGUCCAAGUACCCUGCAUUGAGCGGAACAGCCUCGGAGCCGUCAAAGCCGUCACCGCUGCUCAGCUCUCUAUGGCCGCUGACGGGGUGUACAGUGUCACGCUGGACGAAGCUAUCGAAGCCAUGCGCCUUACGGCCGCAGACAUGAGUGUGAAGUACAAGGAGACAAGUCUUUCGGGGCUUGCGACGACGGUGAAGAUUCCGUUGACAGUGCCCGCGUGCUAGCGUUGUCAUGUAAGUCAUUUCGACAACACAGUGGAUGCGGUUAGGACGAUACCGAUAUUUAGCGCCUUCUAUAGAGUUUUCGCCCUGCGAUGCAUCUCUGUUUUAUCUUGCUAUUUCGUGUUUUCAUUUACAUAGAAGAUACCGAUCGUUCUCCGGUUUGACGUUAUGGAUACGUAUGGGUGAUAAUUUAGUGACCCGAUAUCGUCAGGAGCGACGUCGGGUAUGAUUCCG